CAUUCUCCCCUUGGUAAUUGCUAAUCCAACUGGAAACAUGAACACGAAGCUUAUCUUGGUCGCUACUGUAUUAUUCUUCGCGGCGGUCGCUUUCGCAACCGAAGAAGAAAAACCUGAAGAAAAUGAAAUCUUCGGUAAAGAAGCCGAUUUAGAUAAUGUCGAUGAAGAAGAUCUAAAGGCUCUUAUGGAAAGCGAUGUAGAUGACGAAACGAAAGCUGAACUUUCCAGAAGGCUGCUUGGUGGAGUCGCCGUCGUCGCUAUAUCCGUCGUCGCUAUAUCCGUCGUCGCGUCUUUUUCCGUCGUCGUUUCUACCGCCGUCGUUUCUACCGUCGUCGAUAUCAAUGUCAGCUUUCUAGCAUUUACUUGCCUUAUGCUAAUAAAGAUCAGUAUUGCAAAGCAUACUAAAGACGAUUAA